UCCAGUACAUCAAGAUACAUGCGAUAGCCUAUAUGCACGUGUCCGUCUUUUGAAGAAUAUGUUUCAUUCGUCAUGGCGUGUUUUCACUUUGUGGUGUGAUACUUUGGGAAGAUGAUAUCCUCAGGUUCUGACUGUACACUUAUGUCAAGAAGAUGCCUGCUGACAUUCAAACCGUUCAGGAUCUUCGUAGCAGGCAUCGGCUUUUUCAGCCUGUGUUUCCUAAUGACGUCUCUGGGGGGGCAGUUCUCGGCCAAGCGUCUGGGGGACUCUCCCUUCACCCUCCGAGCGGAAGUGCUGGGGGGUCUAGAGUCUCGCGGGGUGCUGAAGAAGAUCAGUGACAUGCUGGAGGUGAUCAUGAAGAGGAUCGACAGCCUCUCCAGACUGGGCAACACCAGCGACGCCCACAGACUAGACGAGCUGAGCUCCGCCCUGGACAGGUUCCAGCCCAUGGGCCUGGUUGAGCGCAUCCAGGCCAUUGCGCAGAACGUGUCGGACAUGGCCGUGAAGGUGGAGCAGAUCCUGCAGAGGAGCCGGAGUGCCAACAAAGUAAGAGAUGGCUUGGCGGGCCAGUGUGACGUCCCUAAGGAUCCUCAUUACCCCGACUGCGCUGGCAAAAUGGAUUGGAUGCGGGCCCGAUGGACCUCUGACCCUUGUUACAGCUUCUACGGAGUGGACGGCUCCGAAUGCUCCUUCCUGGUUUACCUGAGUGAGGUGGAGUGGUUCUGCCCCCCUCUGGCCUGGAGGAACCAUAGCAGCAUGCCCACUGCUCAUCCAGCGCCGACUGGACAGGCGACGCUGCGCUCGGACCUGGGGCCGCUCCUGGAGCAGGUGGGCACGGGUAAGGAGUCCCUGAGCUUCAUGAGGAGACGCAUGCGCAGGCUGGCGGCACAGUGGGCAUCGGCGGCGCGGCGUCUGGACGGUCGUCUGCGCGGGCGAAGCAGGCAGCAGAAGAGGAUCCUGGUGCACGUGGGCUUCCUGACGGAGGAGUCCGGGGACAUGUUCAGCCCCAAGGUUCUGAAGGGCGGGCCUCUGGGGGAGAUGGUCCAGUGGGCCGACGUGCUCUCGGCGCUGCAUGUGCUCGGCCACAGCCUCAAGGUCUCCUUCUCCGUCAAGGACCUGCAGGGCUUUCUUGGGGUUCCUCCCGGGAGAGGCAGCUGCCCGCUGACUGGACCGUUCCCGUUUGAUCUGGUCUACACCGACUAUCACGGCCUCCAGCAGAUGAAACAGCUGAUGGGCCUCUCACUCAAGAAAUACAGGUGUCAUUUGCGGGUGAUUGACACGUUUGGCACAGAGCCUGCGUACAGCCAUGAGCAGUAUGCCACGCACCACAACUACCGGUCCAACUGGGGCUACUGGAACCUCAACUGCAGGCAAUACAUGACCAUGUUCCCCCACACGCCGGACAACUCGUUCAUGGGCUUCGUGGCGGAGGAGCUGAACGAGACGGAGCGGAGGAGUAUCCAGAGGAACAAGGUGGCCACCAUGGCCGUGGUGUACGGCAAAGAGGUCAGCAUGUGGAAGGGAAAGGACAACUUCCUGGCCAUCCUGAACCGCUACAUGGAGAUCCACGGCACCGUGUACUACGAGUCACAGCGCCCCCCGGAGGUGCCGUCCUUCGUCAAGAACCACGGCCUGCUGCCCCAACACGAGCUCCAGCAGCUGCUGCGCAAAGCCAAGCUCUUCAUUGGCUUUGGCUUCCCUUACGAAGGGCCCGCCCCUCUGGAGGCGAUAGCCAAUGGCUGCGUCUUCCUCCAGCCCCGGUUCCAGCCCCCUCACAGCUCCCUCAACCACGAGUUCUUCAGAGGCAAGCCCACGUCAAGAGAGGUCUCGUCCCAGCACCCAUAUGCAGAGCAGUACAUCGGGAGGCCCCACGUGGUGACGGUGGACUUCAACAACUCGCAGGAGUUUGAGGCAGCCAUCCAGGAGAUCAUGAGAGCCAAGGUGGAGCCUUACCUGCCCUACGAGUACACCUGUGAGGGAAUGCUGGAGAGAGUUAAUGCCUACAUAGAACAUCAGGACUUUUGCCACCCCGAUGCCCCGUUUCCCCCUGUAAACGCCUCCAAGUCCUGGCCGGGCAACCCCCCCAGCCCCUUCACGCUGCUGCCCAACACCAGCACUCUGGUCUGGGCCCCCAACGUCACAGCGCCGCCCUGUUGGCCACCGCUCUCCGCCAUGCUGCUGCUGCUGGCCCCCGAGGGCAUGUCGUGCGGGCGGGCGUGCCAGGACGAGAGCCUGGCGUGCGAGCCGGCCUUCUUCCCGUACGUCAACAACCUGGAGGCUCUAAACGGGCUGCAGGUGCAGUGUGAGGCGCUGGAGGAGGAGGUGAGCCACCUGUACCCGGCCGUGUCUCUGGAGGAGGGCGAGUGCUUCCUGCAGAAGGAGCCGCUGCUGUACAGCUGCGCGGGGGAGGGCCCCAAGCUGCGCCGCCUCUGCCCCUGCCGCGACUUCCUCCAGGGCCAGGGGGCGCUGUGCAGGGACUGCUUAUGACGGGGGGCCGCCGCACCUGCUCACCGCCACAGGAGGGACGGACGCUGAGAGGCCGGCUCGGUGUGCCCGCCGCACCGCUAGGCCGUGGGGAAGAGAAGGGGUCAGUGGCGGAACUACGGAGAGGACAACAAAAACGCUGCACCGUAGAGGUCCUGGGUCGCGGUGGAGUCCGAGGACGAGGCCCCCAUGUAGUCCUAUGGCUCUCCUCCAACAGGCCCCCCCCCAGUGAUGUGAUUAAUGAGAGGUGUGUGUGGGGGGCUGGGCCAGUCCACUCACAGGAGGCUACAGGCAUCUGACGUGCAAGAUGGCGACCUCUGCUAGGUAAGGGUGGUGGCUACUGAGAGAGAGAAGCUGGCAGAGGGAACUUGGUCUUACACAGGUUUGGGUUCUCCUUCAUGUUGUGGACGGUAAUGUCAACAGGCCAAAUUUGCAUGGCAUUUUCCAAGGGUGCACUUUCCCCCCCAAACACAUUAAAAAUGAUAAUAACCAGUUUUGUUCAUAAUGGGAAUGUGCAGUUGAUGAGGUAAAGAGAGAGAUAAUCAGGCUUCUGGCUGUCUUUAUUUUUGAUGAUUUGUAAGAACAUCAAAAUACAAUUUGCACUGAAAACCAUUAGGAAAAUGUGCCUAAUGGGUACAAAUUAUUUAUUUAUGUACAUGAUUUAUUUAUUUAUUUAUUUAUUUUGCCCAUCAUAGUUUUAAAUUGGGGCAAAACAGUCAUUAAAACCUAUUGUCUCGUCUGUGAAAAUAACCUGAAAGAUUGUGAAUACCAAGUGCUAGAUUCUAGGAAUCUUUGGCAUGACUUUUGUUCCGUUGUGUCAAAUACAACGAAAACAAACGUUUGCCACCCACUUAUCACAGUCUUUUCAGAACAUGAUAUUGCAGGCUACUCUUCCAUACGGUAUGACAUGAGGUAGUCAUGGUGAUGGAGAUAUAUAUCUGGCCUCUUUGAUGGCUCUGUGCGUUGAAUGUACAUAAGAGCAUGAUAUGAAUGAGCGACUAUGGCUAUGAGCUAUGGCUGAAAUGAUCACUGUGAAAGUUCAUGGCAAAAUCGAUGGGAAUGAUUAAACUCAGAAGCAUGCCAGACACCAUUCUAAUUUAUUGAUAGGAACUUGAUUAGGUUUACUCUGACAUACAUACUUUAUCUGUACAUGAAAUUCAGCAGAAAACCUCAUUUGUCAUUGUUUUGUUUUGUAUUGUAACAUGUAACUUGACUCUCUUGACAAGGUCUUUGUGUAAAUCAUGAUUUCUAAUAAACUCA